AUGACUCGCAACGAAGAAGACAGCUCCGGCGAAGAGACUGUCGAUGAUCUGAGUAGCAACAAAGUUACCAAAAAUUUGUCAUGUCCAUCAUGCGACGCCACCGGGUUUAGCAGUCUCUCGAAACUAAAUAAGCAUCGGAAUGGACAUGAGAGACCAUACGAUUGCCUCGCGGAAGGUUGUUCCAAGCGCUUUGCUCAACGCCAGACUCUGGAUCGGCAUAUACAGUCUAAGCACGGCGAUGCGAGCAAGCUGACGAAGUAUUACCACUGCACCGUUGAUGGCUGCAAAUAUGCAAGCACAGGUCAGCGGCAGAAAAGGUUUGCGCGAGCUGAUCAAGCCAAGGAACAUGCAAAAAACUACGGACAUUGGGGGCCUCACUCUGCGAAUGAUCGUCCGCGACGUCGUGCUGGUACGGAGCCGCUAUUCGAAGAACAUAUACUCACGGCUCGCUUUGAAGAAUGGGUAUUAGAUGGCAGCUCGUAUAAGCGGACGGUGCGAAUGUGCGAGUAUAACUCGGUAGAAACAAAACUUUGGCAUAAGGAUGUUAUUGGGGACAUGUUUGUCAAGGCUCAUGCUCUCGAAGAGAGUAUUGGGCACGGCUGCCCUGUGCCUGGCUGUUAUUAUCAUCAGUCUCGACCACCCGAGAAUUGUCAUAUCACGCUGUUCAAGACCAUGAAAGGACUACAAGAGCAUCGCCGCAGAGCUCAUGGUAUCAUGCCAGUUGCUCCUGCUUUAGCCGUCGCCUUUCGAAGCCAAUUGCACCAGGAUGAAGAACGAGGUAGUGUCAGCAGUUCGGAUACUAUGGCGUCCACAGAUAAUUUGUUGAGAAAUAUAGCUCUCAGCUCGACGACUCAAACUGAUCAGCCUUGGCUAACGGACCUGGAUGUUUCGUUUGGCACACGUAAUUUUGAAAGCGUACAAUGCUUUAAUCCGGAAUGCAUUCAAUACCGCAAAAGACUACAAGAGGACCAGCAAGCAGAGACCUAUGUAUCAGAUGACUUCUACCCAGGCGAUCAAAGCCUUGGAUGGUGCCAGUCAUGUUUUAAGCGCGGCACAGCGACUUUUCAACCGCCAGGUGAUGUACUGUCCCUGCUGUCAUCUGAACAUGAGUUCAACUUCGAGUUUACUAGCAUUUCAUCGUCCUCAAACACAAAUGCCACAACAAGUCUUCCGACUUUAAACAUCUCUGAAGACAAUAUGCAAACUGCUUCUAGCACCACUGAUUCCAGCACACCAUCUCUAGGAGGGGAAGACUCGCUGAAGCUUCGCAAAUUGACUUGCACUUUUCCUGGGUGCCGUAAAACCUUUCGGCGUAAUUACGAAUUCCAAAGACAUAUUACGUGUGUACACAGUCCGGCAACAAUAUACUGCUCCCUUUGUAACCGCCCUUUUCGGCGUAAAGACAAGCUCACUGAACACAUUCGACACGCACACUCCAUUUCCUCCGGGUCGGAUUCGACGAAAGCCAAGGCUAUGUUCAACGAGUGGUCAAUACUUUCGGAUCCUGACUGGUUAUACUCGUCAACAUUUCCAUCAAGUAAAGACACGACGACAACUGACAGAAUGGUACCAGUUGCUACAGAUUAUGCCACGGAAAGCGUAUAUGCUUCAACUGGCCUUCAAUCAUAUUCUCUAUUAUCCGAGGAAUGGCCUAGUUGGGUCCCAGACUGGCAAUCUACAACUGCGAAAUCUACGCAAUCACAAAUCGAUACCCCCGAAGCGCAUGUUUGUGUUGAAUAUUCACCCCCAUCGUUCUCGAUGAAUGAGGACAUGUGCAACCACUUGGACUCCCAAUAA